UUAGAGAUGUCCAGUGUGGAUCCAGAGGCCCCUGCAGGGCAGGAGCAAAUGGAAGUGGAGACAACGGUAGAGCCUGAAAAUGCCCCCUCGCCAGCACCCCCUCCUCCGGUACCACCAGAUCCUGUCUCGCCUGCCCACCCCGAGGAGUCAACACUAGGUGCCAAAGAGCAUCCUGCCUUUGAGUUGCUGCCUGUAGAGCAGGAACCCACAGAGAGCCAUAUUGAAACAGAACCCUCUAUCCAGCCAGCUGAGGCAGCGUCUCCCACAAGCCCUCAGCCUUCCUCUUUCAAAGCUGGUUCCCCUGAAGCUGCUGAAGGAGAGGCUAGUGAGGAGCCCAUGGAUACAGGUGCUGAGGGGUUGGCUCCAGGCAGCCUGGGCGACAGCGGAGUCCAGGCCAGCCAAGAAGAGGAGGAAGAGGAGGCAGUGGCACCGAAGAUGGAGCUGGAGGGAAGAUUCUCCCCACAGCUGAGUGAGGAGGAGGCGCCAGAAGGAGGACAUGCCACGGUGGGGCCAGAGCCCAAUGAGACUCCCCUCAGCUUUGCCAGUGAAUCCAAGCGCUCUCCCUCGCCAGUGGAGGCAGAGUUGCUGGGCAGCACGUCCACCCCAUUAGAGGCCUACAGCGCCGCCAACCCACUUGAGGGAGGGGCAGGGGGAGAUGAGGAGGUGGGACUGGCACCGGCACCCUUGAGGCCCCACCCCUUGCUUAAGUCAGAUAUCGUUAACGAGAUCUCAAACCUGAGCCAGGGCGACGCCAGCGCCAGCAGCUUCCCAGGCUCAGAGCUUCCAUUUGCUUCCCCGUAUCACGAAGGCGGGGGCUCGUUUUCCAUGGAAAUGGCUGGCUUGACCUCCACGGACGUCAGCCUGCAGAAGGACGAUGGAGCCUCCUUGGCCCUGGUAGAGAUGGACGACUCCUUACUCUUUGAUGUAAAAAGCGAGGGUGGAAAGGGACGGCGGCGCAGCUCCCCAGCCCGCUCCCGUGUCAAACAGGGUCGCAGCAGCAGUUUUCCCGGGAGGAGAAGGCCUCGGGGAGGGUCUCAUGGCGGUCGGGGGCGGGGCCGCUCGCGGUUGAAAUCCACCACUUCUUCAAUUGAGACGUUGGCGCUUGCUGACAUCGACAGCUCCCCGAGUAAAGAGGACGACGACGAUGACGACGACACCAUGCAAAACACAGUGGUGCUCUUCUCCAACACCGACAAGUUUGUGCUGAUGCAGGACAUGUGUGUCGUCUGUGGUAGCUUUGGCCGUGGUGCUGAGGGACAUCUUCUCGCAUGUUCUCAAUGCUCUCAGUGUUACCAUCCGUACUGUGUCAAUAGCAAGAUUACCAAGGUGAUGCUGAUCAAGGGCUGGCGUUGCGUCGAGUGCAUCGUGUGCGAAGUGUGCGGCAAAGCCUCCGACCCGUCCCGUUUGUUGCUGUGCGAUGAUUGUGACAUCAGCUACCACACGUAUUGCCUGGACCCGCCCCUCAACACCGUGCCCAAGGGUGGCUGGAAGUGCAAAUGGUGCGUGUGCUGUGUGCAGUGUGGGUCAGUAUCGCCUGGUUUCCACUGUGAAUGGCAGAACAAUUAUACCCACUGCGCGCCCUGCGCCAGUCUUGUCACCUGCCCCAUUUGCCAUGUGAAGUAUGUGGAGGAUGACUUAUUAAUCCAGUGCCAGCACUGUGAGCGGUGGAUGCAUGCAGUGUGCGACAAUCUUUUCACUGAGGAAGAAGUAGAGCAGGCAGCAGAUGAGGGGUUUGACUGUACCUCGUGUCAGCCCUAUAUAAUCAAGCCUGUAGUUCCAGUUCCCCCUCCAGAAAUUGUCCCAGUGAAGAUCAAGGAGCCAGAGCCCCAGUAUUUUCGCUUUGAAGGUGUCUGGCUGACGGAGACUGGUAUGGCGGUGUUACGUAACCUGUCUUUGUCACCACUGCACAAGCGCCGGCCGCGUAAGGCAACGCCAACGACACCACGGCCCUGUACCCUCAGUGGUGAAGGCGGACUGGAAGGAGCUGACCCUCUGGGCCCAGAUGAGAAAAAGGACGGUGAUGUCGAGGCAGAGGAGAUCCUGAAAGCCGAAGUGAGCGUUGAGCAUAUGGAAUGUGAGAUCAAACUGGAAGCUCCGGCUACUCCAGACAGGGAAGCUGCUGCAGAUGCCGACUUGGGCAAGAGUCUGCUGGAGGACUCGGAGGAAGUCAAGAAGCGGAAGCGGAAGCCGUACCGCCCGGGAAUUGGAGGGUUUAUGGUGCGGCAGCGGAAGUCACACACACGCUUGAAAAAGGGCUGCCCAGCCUUGGUGGAAGUCUCUCGUGAGGUGACUGGUACAGAGGGGCACCCGGAAGAGGGGGCUCAACUUUCUGAGAUCCCUGCAGAGGGCGCCCCUGAGCAGGGAGUGGCUGAGGCUGAUGAGAAGAAGAAGCGGCGUGGCAGAAAAAAGAGCAAGCUGGAGGACAUGUUCCCUGCCUACCUUCAGGAAGCCUUCUUUGGAAAAGCACUUCUGGACCUGAGUAGGAAGGCCCUGUUAGCAGCCGGUGGCAUGGGCGGAGAUGGGACGGCUCACCCUCCUGUUGGCCAGGGAGCUCCCAGGCCCAAGGUGGAUUCCAGCACGCUCCCGAAAGAGCCAGUGGAUGGGAAGGAGGCUUUGGUUCAGCCAAAAGGAAAUGAAUGUGUUGAUGGCAGGGAGACAGCUGCCCCUCAAAACAUCUUGAAAGCUGCCGAGGCCAAGCCUGAAAAUACUGGCACGGAAGAACAGAUGGUGCCCAAGAACACUCCAGAUCCUACAGGUGCCGAGAACCCAGCCACACCCCCGGGGGAGGGGGUGCUCAGCUCCGACCUUGACAAAAUCCCCACUGAAGAGCUACCCAAAAUGGAAAGCAAGGAUGUCCAGCAGCUCUUUAAAGAUGUCCUGGGGUCAGCUGAACGAGAGCAGCAGCUCAACUGUGUCGGGGCUGAACCAGAGACUGGAGGUGUUCGAGACCCAACCCGCACACAGCUUGCCCAAAGGCCUUUCCUGCAAGGCGGUGGGGUCUCCCUUGGACCACUGCAGCCUGCUGUACCUAUGGAGACCUGCUCUGGAGUUUGCCAGUCCCCGUUUCUUGAUAGCAGGGAAAGGAGUGGCUUCUUCAGCCCUGAGCAGUGUGAGCCAGAGAGCCCUUGGGCCAGCAGUUCUGCAGCUUCCACGCCCACCACACCCACAACAGAGGGGGAAAGUGACGGACUCUCCUAUAACCAGCGGAGCCUGCAGCGCUGGGAGAAGGACGAGGAACUGGGGGAGAUGUCCACCAUCUCACCUGUGCUCUAUGCCAACAUGAACUUCCCCAGCCUCAAACAGGAUUACCCAGACUGGUCUAGUCGUUGCAAGCAGAUCAUGAAGCUCUGGAGAAAGGUGCCAGCCCCAGACAAAGCCCCUUAUUUGCAAAAGGCCAAAGAUAACCGGGCGGCUCACCGCAUCAACAAGGUGCAGAAGCAAGCUGAGAGCCAGAUCAGCAAGCAGCAGACCAAAGUAGAGGUCUCGCGGAGACCAGACCGCCCUGCCCUGCAUCUGCGCAUCCCACCUCAGCAGGGGCCACUGCCAGGGGCCACCCAGCCACCGCCGCCACCUCCACCUCCUGCUGCCACCUCAGCAGCCGGGCAGCCCAUCUAUGUCAACAAUGCUGCAGCUCUGCCAAGCGGGUCAGGCGUUGAGUCGCCCAGUGAGCUCUUCCUCAAUCUUCCCUCUUCUGCCACCAGUGCCCAGCCCCCAGCGCAAGUGCCUUUGCACGAGCCCUACGGCAUGGCCUCUGCCUGCCCUCCACCAGACCCGCGUUUUCCUUCUCCUUCAGCAGUGCCUGCCGGCUUUACCUCCUCUUCCUCCUCCUCCGGACAGUCCCCACACCUGCCCAACCCUCGUCCAGGCCCACCGUCUGGGGAGUUCCAGCCCACUCCACCUGGGACCCCUAGGCAUCAGCCCUCCACCCCAGACCCCUUCCUCAAACCCCGCUGCCCGAGUGGGUCUUUGGAAAACUUGUCUGUGCCUGGAAGCCCUCAGCAACCUUCACUGAUGCUUUCGCCUCCACCCUUUGGGGAACUGAAGAAAGGGCUGGAUAUCAAGAAAGAAGAUGCCGGGCCAGGACUCUGCUCUCCAAACUACGGCUACGGCGACUCCCCAGCUCAUCACCCCUCUGAAAUGAAAGCCCCGGAUGUGUUUAAAGCCCCGCUCACCCCACGGCAAUCUCAGGUGGAGCCGCAGAGCCCAGGCCUGGGGCAUCGGCCCCCGGAUUCUCAUCCUCUGGCUUCUUCUCCCCCCAGCCAGGCUGAUCUCUACCGGCAAUCUCCGUUCCCGGAUCCUUAUGCUCAGCCUCCGUUGACCCCUAGGCCUCAGCCCCCACCCCCAGAAAGCUGCUGUGCCCUCCCUCCUCGCUCACUGCCUUCUGACCCCUUCUCGCGCAUACCAGCCAGCCCACAGUCCCAGUCGAGCUCCCAGUCGCCUCUCACUCCUCGGCCCCUUUCCAAUGAAGCCUUCUGCCAGUCUCCAGUCACCCCUCGUUUUCAGUCCCCCGACCCCUACUCCCGGCCUCCUUCGCGGCCACAGUCCCGGGACCCUUUUGCCCCUCUGCACAAGCCUCCCCGCCCCCAGAUGCCAGAUGCCGGAUUCAAACCCUUGCCAGUCUCCCACAACAGCCCAGCAGUUGGGGGCUAUCCAGCAGUGCCUCCUUCGGGUGAGCCCCACCCCAAGACCAGCCAGCAGCCCCAGUUUGCUCGCUCCCCUGGUGCUAACGUCUUUCCGAAUGCUCAACCCCAAAUGCGCUUCACUUUCCCUCCCAGCGAGCCAAUCAAGAGUUCCCCUUCCCACGGGAUCAACAGCCAUUUUGCUUCUAGCAAGCCCCAAAGCACAAGCUAUGUUUCCUCGCCGGGGUUCCACCAAGCUGGGAGCCCACUGGGGCCAGGCAAGAGCACCACUGACUCUUACAACGUCUCCCCGCUGCGUCCUCCCUCAGUCCUGCCCCAACAGCCGUCGCAGCAAGAGAGCACCUUGCCCUACCUGCCGCGGGCGGGAAUGGUGCCACCUGGUGACAAGGGGGAAGAAGGCGUGGCCGGCCCACCAAACAGGGAGUUGCAAGAACUGCCAGCCGGCCAGGAGGGGCCAGUCAGCAACAUCAGCCAGACGGAAUUAGAGAAACAGCGACAGCGGCAGAGACUCCGCGAGUUGCUCAUCCGUCAGCAGAUCCAAAGGAAUAACCUACGGCAAGAAAAAGAGAGUGCUGCAGCCGCCGCAAACAACUCCCAGGCGUCGUGGAACCCUGAAGGCAGCGGGCAGGUCUUUGAACAGAUGAAUCGGAGCAUGACUCCAUUUCCAUCGGCACAGGAGAAAGGACUCCUAGGCAGCCUGGGUACCAGCCCAGGAGGCAGCAAGCUGCCCAGUGCUGUGAUGCUGCAGGCCCCCUACGUGCAGGAUGAGCGACUUGCCCGUCCGCCCCCAUCAGCCACUCCUACUAUGGAUAUCAAUGGCAGGCCAUCAGUGGUAGCCGCGCAACCAUUUUAUCCUCGUGGUGUCUUCCAAGCCCCAUCCCCACAGCAGCAGAUGUGGCAGCAGCAACAGCAGCAAGCAGUGUCCAUGCGUCUCCCAACCCCUUCACGCUUCCCACAACCGCACACCCAAGACUUGAGCCGUCAGGCUCUGGGUGGCCUUGCCCCGCGCCUGACAGGUCCUGGAGACCAGCUUCAGGCUUCAACCAGCACUCUGGGAGCCCAGUUCAUCGAGCUAAGACACAAUAUCCAGAAAGGAGUGGGUGGAAGCGGAACAGGCCCAGCUUUUGUCCAACAGAAUACCCAGGCUCGACCCAGAUUCUUUCUGCCUGGAAAUGACAGCACCAACCAGGCUUUGAAAGGUUCUGUUAUGCCCAUGCAGGCCCCUGUCCUGGGGACUCAAGGCCUACAAGCCCCCAAAAUGUCAAUCUCUAUUUCAUCCUCCCCUCAGGGGGCAGAAAUGAGCAACAACCAUCACCCUCACAUCAAGGCUGUGUCCCAGUUGAUUCUGCCUCCUGGAAACUUGGAGAUGCAGCACGUCCCACCCCGUCCACUUUCUUCAUCUGGCCCCAAAGAGGUGCCCAUUCCCCCAGCUGCCAUAGACACUCCUCCAGCUGCUGGCAAGAACCAGUUAGGUUUGGCCAGUAGGCAAAUGCCUUGUGAAGUGCCGGUGGAGCCAGAUUUAGAUGAUGACUUUGAUUCCCACAAAGAUCUGGAGGAUGACGAUGACUUGGCCAACUUGAGUCUUGAUCCUGAUGUUGCCAAAGGCGAUGAUGAUCUUGGCAACCUGGACAAUCUGGAAACCAAUGACCCGCACCUUGAUGACCUGCUGAACGGUGAUGAAUUUGACUUGUUGGCCUACACAGAUCCAGAGCUGGACACUGGGGACAAGAAGGACAUCUUCAAUGAGCAUUUGCGUCUGGUGGAAUCUGCCAACGAGAAGGCUGAACGUGAGGACCUGCUGAAGAAAGAGCCCUCUGUUGGACCCUACCUCAAGGAUGAGCCUCCCACUGGUGCUGGCAAGCCAGGUGAACAGAAGGCAGAAUUGCUGCCCAGAGAUGGUGUGCCCAAAGCUAAGGAGGGACUGAAUCUUCUCAGUGUCCCCUGCUCUUCCUCUGCAGGAGUACCUCCACCCAUCCUUUCAACAUUCAAGACCCACAGUGACAUGCUGGACAGCAAGUUGGUUGGCCUGCCGGCUGAUAUUAAGCCCAAGAUAGAGGAUGGCUGCCGGAAGCCCUCCCCUUGCCAGUUUAAUACCAGCACCUCAGAGAAGCUCCCUGUCAAAUCUGAGGCAGCAGAAAAAAUGGCUGCAACCUUAGCAGUGAACAUCAAGCCUGGCCAGAACCUCAUGAGCCCUGGAGCUGGGGGGCCUGGAAUACGGCUUAGCAUGACCCAGUUCCACAGCAACAGCCAUACCUCCAUCUCGGAUAAGGUCCUGUACGGCGCCCCAAGCCGCCCACCCCUUGCUCCCUGCCAGAUAACCAGCACAAAUAACUCAGUCCUGGAAAAGUUUGAGCUAGACGGAGGGUCCUUGAGCCUGGCUAAUACCCAACAGCACUCUCCGGCUGACGAUCUGGAUAAGAUGGAAAGUUCCUUGGUGGCCAGUGAGCUGCCUCUCCUGAUCGAAGACCUGCUGGAACACGAGAAGAAGGAGCUGCAGAAAAAGCAGCAGAUGUCUGCCCAAGUGCCAGGGCCACCCCAGCACCUCCAGCCCCACGCCAUGUUAGCUCAUUCCACUCCUCCUAGCCAGCCUCACGACGGGCAGCUGGUAAACCCCCAGCAGCAACAGCAGCAGCUUCAGUUGAGCAUAGUGGCCAGGCAGCAAGGGAUGGUGGCCAACCAGCAGUUGAUGCAGCAGCAGCGUUUGGCUGGUCCUCAGCAAAGCCAGGUACUGGCCCCACAUAUGGGAGUGACUCAGAACCAGGCUCACAUGCUUGCCACCCAGCACAGCAUCCAAGCAACACACGGUCAACAGAACCAGCAACAGGUCUUGGCUCAGAAGCCCAUGCCGGGAGUCCAGCAGCCGCCACCGCCACCACCGCAGCAGCAGCAGCAGAUGAUGGGGCUUAAGCCCCAACAGCUUGUGAUUCAGCAGCAGCAGCUCGCAAACAGCUUCUUCCCUGAUACAGAUCUAGAUAAAUUUGCUGCAGAGGACAUUAUGGAUCCUAUUGCCAAGGCCAAGAUGGUGGCUCUGAAGGGUAUCAAGAAGGUCAUGGCACAGGGCAGCAUUGGAGUGGCUCCUGGCAUGAGUCGGCAACAGGUCUCUUUGCUGGCUCAGAGGCUGUCUGGAGCUUCAGCUUCAUCUGAAAUGCAGAACCACGUCCUGCCUGGCUCUGGAGGGCAGGAACGGAGCAAUGACCCGACUCAGGCUCGUCCAAACCCACCCACUUUUGCUCAAGGUGUCAUCAAUGAAGCUGAUCAGCGGCAGUACGAAGAGUGGCUUUUCCACACACAGCAGCUCUUGCAGAUGCAGCUGAAGGUUCUGGAAGAGCAAAUAGGAGUGCACCGCAAAUCCCGCAAGGCCCUGUGUGCCAAGCAGCGGACAGCUAAAAAGGCGGGCCGGGAGUUCCCAGAGGCAGAUGCCGAAAAGCUCAAGUUGGUGACUGAGCAGCAAAGCAAGAUCCAGAAGCAGCUGGAUCAGGUUCGGAAGCAGCAGAAGGAGCACACCAACCUCAUGGCCGAGUACCGCAACAAGCAACAGCAGCAUCAGCAGCAAACCUCCACCGUCUUGGCCCUCAGCCCCUCGCAAAGCCCCCGCCUCAUGGCCAAGCUCCCUGGCCAGCUGCUCUCUGCACACGGCCUCCAACAGGGGCCACAGGGCUUAGCGGGCCAGGCCGGUGGCUUGCGCCUUCCUCAAUCCACCACCAUGGCGGUGCAGCAGGGCUUGCCGUUCAUGGGGCAGCAGCCGCAGCAGCCGCAGCAGCAGCCUCCAGGGGGCGCCACCAGCAACAGCUUCUUUCCCAGUAAUCGUCUCCUGCAGGAAAGGCAGCUGCAGCAGCAGAGGUUGCAGCUGGCCCAGAAGUUGCAGCAGCAAAACCUCAUAGGGCAGGUGUCGAUGCAGCCGCAGCAGCAACAGACCCUCAUGGGACAAAUGGCCAUGCAGCAGCAAGGCCUCAUGGGACAGGUCUCGGUGCAGCAGCAAGGCCUCAUGGGACAGCCCAGCCAGAACCUGCUCCCUAAGCAGCAAGGACUGCUGAACAGCCAGCCGGGAGUCAUGGUCCAGCAGCUCUCCCCUCAGCAGCAGCAGCAACAGUCCAUGCUUGGACAUCCCAUGCUGCAGCACCCUGGGGUGAUGGGUCACCAAGCUUCACAGAGGCAAAUGCUCUUGGCUCCACAGCAGCACAGGGCCCUGGGAUCCCCUCAGCAGUUGGCCCAGCAGGCGCAAGGCAUGAUGGGGCAUCGGCUGCUUCUGUCACAGCAGCAGCAGCAGCCACCGGGACUUCUCGGGCAGCAGAGGACUUUGCUGAGUCAGCAGCAGCAAAGCUCGAUGGCACAACACCAGGCCCUCCUGGGCCCAGGACAGGCUGCUCAGCAAGGGGGGCUGGGCCAGGGGCAGGCUGGUCAGCAGGGGGCCCUGGGCCAGGGGCAGGCCUCCCAGCCGGGAUUGUUGGGGCAGGCCGCUCAGCCUGGGGGCAUGGUGGGCCAAGGGCAGAGUAUCGCCACGGAGCCUAUCCAGCAUUUUGGCCAGCACGGCUCUCUGAACCAGCAGAUGCACUUGAGUCAGGGAAUGCACCCGGGCCCGUCGCAGCAGGGCCUGGUUGUCAAGGAACAGCAGGGAGGGCCAGAAGGUGCCGCCGUGCCACCUCAAGAGGGGGCGGACGGCGUGCCCCAGCAGGCGCUGCGGCCCCAUCUGGUGGGGGGUCAGGAACUGGGGGGGCAGCUGCAGCUAGGUCCUCAGGAGCAGCCAGGGAUGGCCAGCCUUGGAGCCCCUCUGCAGGAUCAGCCCUCCUCCCAGCUGAUGCUCCAGCAGCACGGGGAGCAGCAGAAAGCUCCGGCGGAGAUGGGCCAGGCGCCGCAGCAGCAGCACCUUCUCCUGGGAUCUCAGGGCUCCCUGCAGCUACGCAUGCAGCAGCAACAACAGCAACAAAGCAGCCUCCUGCAACAGCCGCUGCGGACUCACCUGCCCAGGGAUGGUCCCCUGCAGCAAGAAGUGUCCCCGCAACAGCACCGUCGCGAUGCAACUCAGGCCCCCCACUUGCUAAGCCCGCAGAUGGAGCAGCAAGGUCAAGUGCAAAAUAUCAUGGCCCAGCAGCAAAGGAUGGCGGGUCAGAGCCUGGAGCAGCCUCCCAAAGGCCUGCCGGGACAGCUUCCCCCCCAGCAGCAGCAGCUUCACCACCAGCACCAUCAGCACCUGCAGAGCCCAGCAGGUCCUCCUAAAACACCAGGGCUGAUGGUGCCACAGCAGCAACAACAGCAAAGCAUGAUGGUCCAGCAGUCAUUGCCCCAAGGCCAAAGCAUCCUGUCCAGCCCGGUCAUGGGCCAGAUCCGCGCCCAGCUCCAGGGGGUCAUCUCCAAAAACCCCCAGCUGCGGAAUCUGACUCCUCAGCAGCAGCAGCAGUUGCAGGCCCUGCUGAUGCAACGGCAUCAGCAGAACCUGCUGCAGCAGCAGCAGCAGCAGAACCAAGCGCUGCGGCAAGCCGACCCUUACCAAGGGCAGGCCCAGGUGUCGCUUGAGCCAUGUCAGCCGGCUGCUCAGCAGCUGUCCCUGCCAGGGGCAGCGGCACAGCAGCCGCAGAGACAGUCGCCUCUCGCCGUGUUUCAGAUUCGUCCCGAGCAAAGCUUCGCCGCCGCUGUGGAACAGCAGAGGGUACCUGUGAGCCAGCAGGCGACGAGUAGUCCCCAACAGCAGGGGGUGUUGAGGCUUCCCACUCCUCAGGCUUCCUCUGUGCCCUUGAGUGGUGCUGGUGUGGCCCCCCCUGCCCAGCAGCAUCCUAGCCCUUCAGAGCCAAAGAGACCCUCCCCUGUGAUCUUAGCUAAAAGCCCUGAGCAGCGGCUGACCCCCACCGAGAGAAAACAGCCUGCGACCCCCAGUCCCCUGCUUCUGCCUGAGCUAGCCCCUCCUGUCCCACGCACCGAGGAGUUCGUCGCUGGGACCUGCAACCUCAGGGACUCUGAGCGCCCCACCAAAGACUCCGUGGAGCAAGGCGCUGUCAAUGGGCAGGGGGUGGAAUCUGCUUCUCCCCCAGUAGGCAGAGUGCCGGCCCCCGCCGGCGAUCUUCUACCCGUCACCAUCAAACAAGAACCCAAGGAGGAGGCGGCACAGUGUGCCCUGAUGAGCAGCACCCAGCUGGUCAAACGCGAGGCCAACGGGGAUCUUGUGUCAGCAUCCGCCACCGUUCCUGCUACCACCAACAGCCUUGCCCGUUCUGAAGCUGGCCACCUUCUGUUGCAGAAGCUGCUGCGGGCCAAGAAUGUGACGCUCACAACGCAGCGCUCAGGGGAUGUCAACGGCCACGUGGACGGAAAAGUGGCUGGAGCGGAGGGCCGCUUGCAGGCAGUCCCAGACGUGAGAGCGGAUACAGUAACUGCAAAGAAACCCCCACCUCCCAAGCCCAAACGAUGUCAAAAGGCUGGAGAGAGAAUUGCCAACUCCCGUAAGAAGUUGCGCAAGGAAGAUGGGGUGAAGUCCAACGAAGCUCUAAUGAAACAACUCAAGCAGGAACUCUCCUUGCUGCCUCUGAUGGAGCCUGUGAUCACAGCCAACUUCAACCUUUUUUGCCCCUUUGGGAGCAGCCCUGUCAACGGCAAAAGCCAGCUUAAGGGCUCUUUUGGGAACGCUGCCUUGGACAGCAUUCCAGACUACUACUCACAACUGCUUACCAAGAACAACUUAAGCAACCCGCCAACACCGCCGUCUUCUCUGCCCCCCACACCACCCCCCUCGGUGCAGCAGAAGCUGGUGAAUGGAGUUCUGUCGACGGAGGAGCUGACUGAGCAGCCUAAGGAGCCAGUACUGCCCCAUGAGCCUGAAGGUCAAAAGGAUGCUCCCCCAGUGGAAGUGAAAAGCGUCGACCUCCUUGCCGCCCUGCCCACACCACCCCACAACCAAACUGAGGAUGUCAGGAUGGAGAGUGAUGAAGAAAGCGACUCCCCCGAUAGCAUUGUCCCGGCAUCGUCACCUGAGAGUGUCCUAGGAGAAGAGAUGCUACGCUUCCCCUUGCUGGCAGGAGCCAAGUCUGAGAUGGAGGAGCGCCCGUUGUCACCUGUCAUACCUAUCAUCCCAAAGGCCAGCAUCCCAGCUUUCCCAGAUGUCAAGCCUUAUGUGGCAUUGGAGCAGGUGGGGAAGGGCACGCCCGGCACUUCGUGGGACAAGGCCAAGGGCAGCGAGGUGUCCGUCAUGCUCACUGUGUCCGCAGCUGCUGCUAAGAACUUGAACGGUGUCAUGGUGGCAGUUGCUGAGCUGUUGAACAUGAAGAUCCCCAGUUCUUACGAAGUGCUGUUUCCAGACAGCCCAAUGCGGGGUGCUGCCAGCGAACCUCGGAAGGGUGAAGCUGAUGCACAGGGCAAAGAGAAGCCGGUUGCUGCAAAGGGCCCUGAGGGUGGCCCCGAGUGGUUGAAGCAGUUUGACGCCAUGCUGCCUGGCUACAGUCUCAAGAAUGAGCUGGACAUCUUGACGUUGCUCAAGCAGGAGAGCCCAGCUCCAGAAAAGACUGCCCAACACUGCUACAUCAACAAUGUUGCCAACCUGGAUGUGCGGCAGCUCUUGACGCUCCCGGAAGAGCCAUCCCCGCCUCUUUCCCCUUUUGCGCCUUCCCCGCCCAGUCCCCCCAGGGCACAAGAGCCUGUCCCUGAGCCAGAGUUGCUGCCUCUACCCACUCAGUCUCCCCCGGCUUCCUCCCUUAAAGAGGAAGCUCCUCAGUCUCCGCUCAAAGCCAAGCCCCGCUCCCGGCCCCUGGAAGACAAUGAGGAGAACAAGCCGCGGGUGAAGAAAUGGAAAGGGGUGCGCUGGAAACGGCUGCGGUUCCUGAUCACCAUCCAGAAGGGUGGUGCCAAGCGCGAUGGGGACAGGGAGAUUGCGGAAUUCAUUGAGCGCUUUGCCACCAGCCUUCGGCCCGAGAAAGUGCCGCGUGACUUGCGGAAAUGCUGCUUUUGCCAUGAGGAAGGGGAUGGAGCCACCGAUGGCCCGGCACGUCUCUUGAACCUGGACCUGGACCUGUGGGUGCAUCUCAACUGUGCUCUUUGGUCCACCGAGGUUUACGAGACCCAGGGCGGAGCCCUCAUCAAUGUGGAAGUGGCGCUGCACCGGGGCCUGCUCACCAAAUGCUCGCUUUGCCAGAAGACUGGUGCCACGAACAGCUGCAACCGCAUCCGCUGCCCCAACGUCUACCACUUUGCCUGUGCCAUCCGGGCCAAGUGCAUGUUCUUUAAGGACAAGACGAUGCUGUGUCCUCUGCACAAGCUCAAGGGCCCCUGUGACCAGGAGCUCAGCACCUUCACUGUCUUCCGGCGGGUCUACAUCGAGCGUGACGAGGUCAAGCAGAUCGCCAGCAUCAUCCAGCGUGGAGAGCGCCUCCACAUGUUUCGGGUGGGGGGCCUGGUCUUCCAUGCCAUCGGGCAGCUCCUGCCUCACCAGAUGGCAGACUUCCACAGCGUCACAGCGCUCUACCCCGUGGGCUACGAGGCCACCCGCAUCUAUUGGAGCCUGCGGACCAACAACCGCCGCUGCUGCUACCGCUGCACCAUCUGUGAGAACAACGGCCGGCCUGAGUUUGUGGUGCAAGUUAUGGAGCAGGGUCUGGAGGACCUGGUCUUCACCGACUCCUCGCCGCAGGCUGUGUGGAACCGCAUCAUUGAACCGGUGGCCAUGAUGCGCAAGGAAGCUGACAUGCUGCGACUUUUCCCCGAGUACCUGAAGGGAGAAGAGCUCUUUGGCUUGACGGUGCACGCUGUGCUGCGCAUCGCAGAGUCUUUGCCCGGUGUUGAGAGCUGCCAGAACUACAUGUUUCGAUAUGGGCGGCAUCCGCUCAUGGAGCUCCCCCUCAUGAUCAAUCCUACAGGUUGCGCUCGAUCAGAGCCCAAAAUCCUCACACACUACAAACGGCCCCACACCCUGAACAGUACCAGCAUGUCUAAGGCCUAUCAGAGCACAUUCACAGGUGAAACCAACACACCGUACAGCAAGCAGUUUGUCCACUCCAAGUCCUCGCAGUACCGCCGCCUCAAGACAGAGUGGAAGAACAACGUCUACCUGGCACGCUCGCGUAUCCAAGGGCUCGGGCUCUAUGCCUCCAAGGAUCUAGAAAAGCACACAAUGGUCAUUGAGUAUAUCGGCACCAUCAUCCGCAAUGAAGUGGCUAACCGGCGUGAGAAGAUCUAUGAGGAGCAGAACCGAGGCAUCUACAUGUUCCGUAUCAACAAUGAGCAUGUCAUUGAUGCCACGCUGACAGGCGGCCCUGCCAGAUACAUCAACCACUCCUGUGCUCCCAACUGUGUGGCCGAGGUUGUGACUUUCGACAAGGAGGACAAGAUUAUAAUCAUCUCAAGUCGCCGAAUACCCAAAGGAGAGGAGCUAACUUAUGACUACCAAUUUGACUUUGAAGAUGAUCAGCACAAGAUUCCGUGCCAUUGUGGAGCCUGGAACUGCAGGAAAUGGAUGAAUUAGCCCAAAGAGGCUCUUCAAACACGGUGGGGAGGG